AUGCCUUGCACAGCAAGUUCUGCAGAUGUUACCACCGAAAUUAUUGCUUCCGCUCUAUUCAAGCUCCUCCUCGUCGAGGCAGGACUGGCGGCCAGUUUUGACGGCUCCCGCUACCUCUGGUACGACACGGCUGCAACCCGCUUCAGCGCAAGUCUCCCAGUGGGCAACGGCCGCCUAGGAGGGACUCUCUAUUGCCUCCCAACGGAGAUCAUUACUUGGAUUGAGAACUCUGUGUGGAGCGGCACUUUCCAGGGCCGGGACCAAGCCCUAAUUGAUAUGACAGGUACAUCUAUAGACCCUCACGAGUACCGCAUGCUGUCGAACUUGCACUAUAACUGCCAGCGGAGGCAGAUUGGUCGUUUCAAACGCCAAACGGUAGAUUUCCUCCUCGGCGCGGAAUCCCCGUACCGGUACGAGAGUGCCAAUGAUCAAGAAGCAGAACUGAAGAACAAAGUUGAAGCCGCGGUGAACCUAGGCUACGAUGUUCUAUGCGAAGAAGCAAUCAACGACCACAAAGAUCUAGCUAGACGAGUCACCCUCGACCUUGGAUCGUCCACGGGCAAUGAUGCAUUGCGUCCUACAGACGACGAGGACAUCGAGUUCGCUACCCUCCUUUUCAACUACGGACGCCAUCUCCUGAUCUCUUCCUCCCGGGACACGGGAGACCUGUCUCUCCCGCCUGAACCCCAGGGCCUCCGAAACCAAGACUACGCCCCAUCCUGGGGCGCCAAGUGCAUCUUUAACUCUCCUUGGGACACUCGCAAUGCAUCUGCCAAUCAUUGUUUUUCAACCACUGACCUUACCUUGGUGCUGAACGUACUCUGA